AGCUCAACAAAAGCUGCAGUUUGUACGUUUGAGUUGCUUGCUUGAUCAGUGGCUUAUUUAUCCCAACAAUUCCGGUAACCAGCGAUGGUCAUUAUCAUAACUGGCCUCAACCAUCUAGUGCUUCCCUAAUGCUGCCCCCGGAACAACCGUUUCUACGACAAAACUCGUCAAAGGAUGGACCAUAAUUGCCCGCGACAAGGUGCAAUAACCCUAACCGGCCGCGAUCGUUUUUGGUUGAGUACGUUGCUGGGCGCGGCAUUUACUAUGGAAAGCGCGACGCAAGCCAUCUUACGAAGAGACCGAAAUUAUGUUGCCAUCCGGACAAAUGCAUGUACGAUCUGUACGCACAACAUUGAAACGGCGCAGCGGAUGGUGGUACUUUGUGGCCACACGUUUCAUAGGUUCUGUGUAGUGGUGUGGAUGCGCACGUACGGUUACUGUCCCGACUGCCCGCGAUAGGAUGUGGUGAUUAGCCCCCUACAAAGGGUCUACCAACCCUUUUUUCGUAUCGGAUAGUUUACAUAAAAUAACUAUUUUUAAAACUACAUGAAGCAAUGAGGGUAUGUUUUAGAAAAGAAAAUUCCCCGUAAGACUGCUCCGAGAUACGAUAAGCAAAUAAAAGGGAGCGAUAUUUUAAAAUGUUUUAGCCAAAUCGGUAAAAGUUAAGUGUUAAUCAGUA